AUGACUCAUGGUGCCAAUGCCAACGGAGUCAAGGUGAAAGGCAAAAAGAAAUCUAGGGACCAAGAGAAGAAGACAGUUGAGUCACUUGACAAUUUGACUGCCGUAACUACUGCUACUUCAAUGACGUCAACGCCUUAUGAUUCAACUGGCAAGUUGGAGAUGGAGCAAAAGGAAGUGAAACUUCUGCAGCUCUUCCGCAAGGUUUCAAUGUAUGGCCUCGAUGACUUGGGUCACAUCUUUGACUUUCAGAGGGUGGGUCAAUUGGUGGAUUCAUCAACAAGUGAACUUUUGGAGCGAUUUGAGAGUUUCCUGGACUUUGAUUCACUUCAUGGAAGUCAAGCAGAGCAGCACUGGCACUCGAUCCUCGGGGCAGUCUUUCCAGAGCUUCAAGAGUUGAGUUUGAAGAAUAGGCUGGCAGCAUUGAUUCAGUGUGGCAAGAGGAACAUGGCCGCUUCCAAGUUCACUUUUGUGGAAUACUUCAGUGGCUGUGGCAACUUGACCAAAUCGUUUCUGGCACAAGAACAUUUGGGAGCAGCUUUCGAUUUCAAGUACACUUCGAACCAUGACUGUUUGACAGUUGAAGGAUUGCGACUCUGGUUUGCAGCUCUGCUGAGCUGUGGUCCAAAGAGCUUCAUUUGGUUUGCAAUUGAAUGCAGUUCGUGGGUACCACUAUGUUUGAGCCAGAGCUUGCGACACGAGUCCAAUGGGUACCUUGGCGACACUUCCAAAGUGUUCAUUCAAAAUGGAAAUGCACAAAUGGUGGUCAGCUCACUGUUGAUGUUUGUGGCAUGUCUUUUGGGGCACAUUGUGAGUCUCGAGCAACCGCUCAGUAGCGUGUUACCACUUUGUGAUCUCAUGGACACAGUCUUGAAAUUCAUUGGCGUGUCCAAGACGGUUUGCUACUUGGGCGCCUACGGUGCAAAAUCCGUCAAGCCUGUGCAGCUUUAG